AAGAAAGAAGAAAGACGGAAGAUGUCAAUCAGAACUUUUCUUUUUUACAUUUUCGAUUUGUUUCAUUGAAAUUCGUUGCAGACUUUAUCUUUGAUAUACAUAUUUUUUUUUAUUUAAACAGCGAAUAAAAUGGCGAAAACACCUCAAGACACACCACGCGUAUUUCAAUUGGUUGCAAGAACUCAGGCUGAAGAAGAUGCCUACGAUAUAAAAGCGAACAGAAAACAACCCAAGCCAUCGGGGUUGAUUGGAUCAAUAGCUCAUUUAGUGAAAGGUGCAUUGGGUGGUGGUAUCCUGAGUGGGCACGUUGCCUGGAUGACAGCAGGACUGUGGGUGGCCAUGCCAGUCUCACUGUGCUGCGGAAUCUAUAUGUUCUACUGUCUUAAUAUAUUAGUGAUGUCGGCUCAGAUAUUGUAUAAAAGGACUAGAGUUCCGUCCAUGACAUACUCGGAUGUCGGUGAAGCGGCUUGCGCGUGCCAUUCAAAUGAAUCUAUCAGGAAAUUGGCAAAGACUUUCAGGUAUAUGAUAGACGCCAUGAUAUGCAUAGAUUUAUUUGGAUCUUGCGCCACUUAUCAGAUUAUUAUAGCAAAAUCAUUAAAACAAUUAGUGGAGAAUACGCAAACGACGUCAAUGGAAGGCGCACAUGGAAUGCCUGGUUUGCGAUUCUAUUUGGCUUGCUUGAUACCAUUCGUGAUAAUGAUUUGUUUAAUCAGACAUCUGAAAUGGCUUGCGCCGCUGUCAAUUGUCGCUAAUAUUUUUCCAGUGUUUUGUAUUAUGGUGGCAGUGUACUACGCUUUUGAAAAUAACCCAACUUUCACGGGCAUGGUUCCUUAUACAUCGUUAUACAACUUUUUUGAAUUUAUCGGUAUGGCCGUGUUCAGUAUGUCUUGUGCUGCUGUUAUUAUCCCUAUUGAGAACAAUAUGAAGGAACCGGCUAAAUAUCGCAUCGCUUUAGGCACCGGCAUGACUCUUAUCAUAACUUGUGUGUUUUGCGUCUCUUUCUUUGGAUAUUCUGGAUACUUGGACAAAUGUGAAUCGCCAAUUACAGUCAACUUCCCGCUGAACGCACUCGGAAAGACACUGAAGGCAUCUAUUAUGGUAAUGAUCUAUGUGACUCAUGCACUCAACUAUUGGGUACCAUUUACAACUGUAUUUUACUAUAUGAAGAGGAAAUUGAAUCCUGCGAAACAUCUUAUGUGGGAGUUAUUUUUUAGAGGUCUUUUUGUUGCGAUUAUCGGAUUAGUUGCCAUCAUCUUUCCGACGAUUACCGCCUUGAUGGGUUUUCUUGGUGCAUUCUGUUUGUCAAAUCUGGCGUUCAUUUACCCUAAUGUGAUUUACCUGCUGGUGCACUGGGAGCGACCUGGUCUCGGUACUUACAGGUGGAGGUUGUGGAUAUCCUUAGUAAUGAUUACGGUCGGAAUCUUCUUCUGUAUAUGCGGUAGCUAUAUUAGUGCAGUCCAGCUAAUUUUAAUCGCCCUUAAUCCUUCCAAACGAUCAGAUAUAUAAGAAAAUAAAUUAAAUUCUAAAUUUUAAAUUAUAUAAAAAAACCUUUUUGGUAUUUUUUCUUGUUUUAUUAUCUAUACAUGUAACAUAACGAGUUAGAGGAAUAAAUUUUGAGUGCAUGUUACAGUAAAAAUACGAAUUCGGGCUAUUAUAAGAUUAGAGGAUAUUGUCUGUGAAACCUAAGAUUUAUCUAUUGAAAUUUCUUGAUUGAAAUAAUUUCUUUUAAAUGUUUGUUUUAUUUAGAAAUCAUUGGAUAUAUCUAGAUUUAUAUAUUAAGUGUUAAUAAACAGUUGAUUAAAAUAUGUAAUUUUUUUGUAAAGUUAUCAAAUCAAGUUAAUCUAGAUUUACAGCUUAAUUACCUCAAGGGUACUAAGUACCCUUUUGAAAAAUGAAACAUGCUGUAUAGGUUAACUCUUUCAUGUAUUUUGUGUUACUUUUAAAAAAUAUUAAACUAACUUAAAAUUAUUGGCUCUUUAUUGACACUUAAUGUGUAUUUGAAAAAAAAAUUAUGAAUUAUCAGCGAAUUGUAGUAAAUUCUCUUAAGUUAAAAUUUUGCCGGAAUUACUUGAAAUAUCUUAGUUAUUAUCGGUUAAUUUUAAGUUUCCCGGAAUUCGGGUAUUUACAGUAACACAGUUGAUAUUCGAUUUCUUACCUCUUGGUGACAAAUUAUUGCGUUGUUUUUCU